AUGGGCCUGCGGAUGAGAGCUGCGCUGUGGUCCUAUGGGCCCAUUAACCAGUCCGUCCGACCAUUGGUUGGCUUAAAAAAAAGUUGUCGUCGGACAGCAACAAGAGCCCAGGAAGGAAGGAGGUCGCUUAAGGGUGGCCCGACCAAGGCGUACGGGGAGCGGGAGGAGGGGUGGGCGAUCUCGCCGGCGUCGCAUCACCGCCGUGUGGCGAUUCCGGCACGGGCGUCGGUCGGUUGUCAUGGAGACGGCGCACGAGGUGGCCGUUUACAUCGCGACCGCUUCCACAAUCUGGACCUGUUCCAGCAAGGAUGGUACCGCAUGAAGAUUAGUGCCCUGUGGGAGGACGACAAGAAUAAUAGAGCACCGAUCUCACCGGCCAGGGUCACGCAAUACGAAGCUAUUGAUAUUGGUGUGAAGAGCUCAUUUGGCUUUUGGAAAAUAGAUGAUGUUGGCAAUAGCUUCUAUACACAGCCAUUUCUUGUAAAAUAUUCUAGGCAAGAUAUUUAUCUAUCAGUUAUGGUGUCCUUCUACAUACCCAACAGCGAAGACGAGGGUCCAGCAACUUCUUCUGUUAUAUUGAAGUUCGAGCUCAUAUAUAUCCCAACACUGGGGAAUGGGACUGAAGUUCAAGAUUCAAGUGAUGACACAGAUUUGAUCCCUGUCCAUGAAUUUAGGAUCCCACAUAGAGCACUCCUGGGCUUACACUCAUAUUGCCCUGUCCGUUUUGACGCUUUACACUCGGCACUUGUGGAUCUGACAAUACACAUAGUGUACCUGAAAGCCGCUGUGACUAAAUCAUCAUCACUGAAGCCGCGGGAACAAAGUUUUGGCUCAAAGUCAUAUGAUAUUGUGAAGGCAUCACUAAUAUCUAGGGAAAUACUUCUUGAAGAAGUGAAGAUCAGUAAUGCUAUUGGUAACACUCUUGAGGAUUUAGAUCACACUGACUUAACCCUUGGUAAAUAUGAGACAAUUCAACCAUCAAAGUCCGGUUCGCCCAGUUACAAUAAUGGGCAAGGUACACCCACAAAGUGUAGUCCCCAUAUGACUGGCAUCUUACGCGAUUUUCUUGAGAGUUCUGGUGUUGUGGUUGGAAGCACUGAUGAUAUCUUGUUGUAUACUCUAUCCGAGGAAGAAUUGUUUGAACUAUUUCAAAUUCCUAUACAAAAUUCGAUGUCACAGGCUGAACUGCACAGGAAAAGUAUAGCACAAAUGAAGAUAUGCAUAUUUAUGCUGAUCCUUCAUGUAUCCCCCGUUGUCCGCAUAGAGCAGCAUGUCAUGGAUAUUCCGCAACAUUGUUCUAGCAAGGAUUUUCUAACAAAUGCUUCAGAACCAGUGGGUACUAUUGUGUCACCUCUACUACAAGGACAAUCAUUGGAGGAAAAAACUUGUGGUUUCAAGAGUGGCCACAUUUUACGAGCUGUCAUUUUUGUGCAUGGAUUUCAGGGACAUCAUUUGGAUUUACGCCUUGUUAAAAACCAAUGGCUUUUGCUUGAUCCUGGAGCUGAGUGCCUACUGUCUCAGAUAAAUGAGGAUAGAACGUCUGGAGACUUUAAAGAAAUGGGUAGAAGGCUCGCUAAUGAAGUAGUGGCAUUCCUCAAAAUGAAGGUGGACAAGUAUUCCAAAAAUGGAGGUUGCAAAGAGAUUAAGCUUAGUUUUGUCGGCCAUUCUAUUGGGAACAUUAUCCUCAGAAGUGCCCUCAUAGAACCCAAAUUGGAGCCAUUUUUGAAGAACCUGUAUACAUACAUGUCCAUAUCGGGGCCUCACUUAGGCUACUGGUACAGCCCAAAUUCUUUGUUCAACUCUGGCCUCUGGCUCAUGAAACGGCUCAUGGGAAUGCAGUGCAUGCAUCAGCUCACUUUCAGUGAUGACCACGACCCACAGAAUACAUUCUUUUACAAGCUCUGCAAGCUGAAGACACUGGAGAACUUCAAAAAUAUCAUCCUGGUAUCAUCACCGCAGGAUGGCUAUGUCCCAUAUCAUUCAGCAAGAAUCGACCUCUGCCACGCCUCGUCAUCAGAUAACUCAAAGCGUGGGCAGGUGUUCACUGAGAUGCUGAAUAAUUACUUGGACCAGAUCCGGGCACCAACGUCGGAAACACGGGUAUUCAUGCGUUGUGACGUUAUAUUCGACCAGUCCGCCCAAGGACGGAACCUGAACACCAUGAUCGGCAGAGCUGCACACAUAGAGUUCGUAGAGAAUGACAUCUAUGCCAGGUUCAUCAUGUGGUCCUUUCCAGAGUUGUUCCGAUGA